AUGGCUUUGCGAAUAACACAACGAACAUGGCUCGUGAUUGUCAUCAUUGCCUUCAUGACGACAGUGGUCCACACAGAGUCUGGCGUUUCUGGCGAUAUACCAGAUGAUGUCGUGUACACUGAUUUACACAAAACUGUACGAAUUGGAGACAGUGUUGUCCUGACAUGUCAGUUUCGAGGGACACCUUUAGCUGUCUACUGGAAGAAAGGAGAUGACCCAAGAACAGCACCAAACCUCGUUUCAUGGAUUCCUACCGAUGAUGUGACAGGAUUAUGUGAAGGUGAAAGGCCUUGUCAAGUCAUGGAGAUGAACGAAGAUCGUUCGUUGGCUAUCAAGGAAGUCAGCAUAGCAGAAGAAGGUCGAUACAUCUGCAGAGUUUCGAGCUACAGGGGGAUACUGAUUCAUAACUUUACAGACAUCAGGUUAUUUUCUAUCCCAGAAGAACCCUACCCAAUCAUUAAACAAUGUGCCAACGACUCUUCCCAGAUUUGCAGUAUUUCAGCAAGUGAGUCCAUCACAAUCACCUGCUUGGCUACUAGCUUCUAUCCUGACCUAGACUUGUUCUUUCUACAUGGGUCUCAAAAGAUGAAGGACAUUGGAAGUACUGAAUUGACGAAUCAUGAUGGGACGAAAAACAAAUCAAUAUCCAUAAAAGCUUCAGCCAGUAAUACACCAUACAUCUGUGUUGCGUCAGAUAUUCCUGGAUCGAAAGACCAGAGAGCUGCGACGAUAAUGGUAAACUCACCUAUGAUUUCACCAACCAGAGGCAAUGAAGGAUUCCCCGCUCCAUCUUCAACGAAUGCGGGGACCAUGGAAAAAACUCCUGACACCAUGGAACUAACUCCUAGAAGCAUGGAAAUAACUCCUGGAACCAUGGAAAUAACUCCUGGGAAAAGAACCACCAAAAUCGGUAAUGCUUAA